AUGGCGCCACUCAACCAAGCCAGCACUCUGGAGACCGUCGUCCCUAAGACAGCCUCAGCCCAGUGCAAGAUGAUCAGCGACGCUCCUGAAUUGAGAUCAGGCUCCCCCAGGGGUCCGAUCAACUAUCCUCCUUGCGAGUACUACGACGCGGAGCUCUCCGAGAUCUACGAAAAGCAUGCUAUUCGCUUUACGUCCCGUACGCGUCACAUUCCGUACAACCCCGCGAGGAGUGACUUCUACGAGCGAACGGGACGGAAAGAAAUUGAUAUCUUUGGGUAUGAGUUCAAGGUCCCUGGCGAGGACCAGGUGAUUCUCAUCAUAUGGGACUACACCACUGGGCUCGUUCGCACGACGGGCAUUUUCAAGUGCUACAAGCCCUGGGGCAAGACUCUUCCGGCGAAAGUGCUCAAUAAGAACCUUGGCCUCAAGGAGGUCUGCCACAAGCUCACGGGCGGAGUGAUUGAGUCACAAGGAUAUUACAUGCCAUUUGGAUGUGCCGAAGCCAUAGCCAAGAAGUUCUGCUGGCAUGUGCGAUACGCCUUCACUCCGAUUUUUGGGCAUGACUUCCCCGGCCAAUGUCUGCCGCCGGAUCAUCCCGAAUAUCGCCAGUGGGAGAUUGACCAGCAUAUCAUCCGCGUGGCCGCGGAGGAAGCAAGGGCGCAGCGCUGCGCCGCACUUGCCUACGCCCUGCCCUAUCCCAGUCCCAGUCCCGAUGAUGAUGACGAUGAUGAUCAUGAUACAAGUUUGGCCGGAUAUCGCUCGUCGAACGAUGAUGACAACCGCCCGCCGUCUAGGGCCAGCAAUGGCUGGACACCGAUCAAUACCCCGCGAAUGCAGUUGACUCCUCCGCCCUCUCCAUCAACCCAGAAUCAUUCAUCUCCUCAAGGCUCGCAGGGUGACGAGGCGACCAGCGGUUGGGUUUCUAUUGCCCCCACAGCCCAGGCAGAGGCAUUGUCCGACGCCCCUGAUGUCAUGGAUGAAGACCCCGAUGACACCGAGGUAGAAAUGGCCGACGACGCUGGUUAUGACCAGCGAGUUACGCUCCCACUGACAGGCAAAUACACGGAGGGAGAUAUCGAGGCUGCGCAUAUCAUGGUGGGAAUGCGCAAAGGAGGCCCAAUCGACGAUAACUAUCCCAAAGUCUGUCCGAAAUGCCACGCGGUUGUCUAUAUCCAAGAGCUCAGGGAAGCCACCGCUUAUCAGGAUGGCUGGCGGGCGAACUGA